GUGUUCUCACUCAAAGCCAGAGGGAGCCAUUGGUGGAGAUUUUCUAGCAGAAGAAAAUGCAGAACAUAGUUGGCUCCUCAUUCGUGAGUAAGGUGUAAAAAACCUUUCUUUCGACAAGUCUACAGUUAGUUACACUUCGAAAAUCGAUAAGAACUGUUUUCUAAGUUAAGAAAUACGUAUUUGACCUGGCAUGAUCUUUGAAAUGUGAAGGCAGGGUCAUGAAGAGACGCUAUGUGAAGAGAACACACUAGUGAUCAACCAGUUGUUGGAGCCACUAUGGACGGCCACUCUCAGGCAGAUGGCAGCCACAGCUACAUAACAGUUAUUCCUGUUGAUUAUUCAAGGGGUCGUGGCUACUCACAGCAGUCAACUGAUUAUCUCGAUCAAUACGUGGAUUAUUCAUCUGACAGAGCCAGAGAUGAAUACAUACGAGGGGAUUAUAACAUUAAUUCAGAACCUCAGUAUGAUAAACUUGGUGGGAUCUAUGCUCCACCAGGAUAUGAAAAGACUCAUUCACAUGUUACAAUAGAUAGAGAAGCGCUUGAGAGAGAUGGGUUGGAUAGAGAUCGUGUCAGAGACCGUUCCCAACUAGCACAAAUGGGGGAUGCUGAAUGGGAGAGAGAUCGGGAUAGAGAACGUACCCAACAUCGCCACAUUCAGCAUGAAAGAUCAGACAGAGAUAGAUGGCAGCAUACUUAUCUCCCAUCAAAUACAAUUGACCGAGAAAGAGAGAGGGAGAGAGAAAGGGAAAGAGAGCAGAGAGAAAAAGAAAGGGAGGGAGAAUGGGAGAGGGAAAGAGCUGCACACAUGGUGAACAAAUCUCAAGCAACAGCAGAUACCUGUGGUUUAGGGAUGAGUGGAAUGAAAGAUAAUAGUAAUACUCUUCACAAUGAACCAAGUAUGGAGAAGGGCGCACUGCAACCAUUUUCAAACCUGGGAUCUCGUGGAGCUCCUUUGUGUGUCUACUUGAUGUCUCGUAUUGCCUUGCACAUGGAACUAGAAGAUAGAGAAAGUACUACUACAGCUGAAUUAAUGACAGCAAUAUUUCAAGAAGAUGAGCUUGGUUUGCCGUCCUCAGCUGGCCCUCUCUUUUCCUUGUGGAUGUGCUCUGGGCUUUUGGAACUUCAGUUGAAACCUCACCAUAAGCCUUUUGAAAUACGCAGACAGUGGCCAUUAUUUCUAAAUCAAUACUGUAGUGUCACUGAAUCACGUAUAGAAAGGGAUGAACCUAUUCUUUCAUUUCAAAGAAAUGUAUUUUUUCCUCGGCGGGAAGAAGAAAAAAUAAAGGAUCAUAAGUGCUUAACUCUUCUGUACGAAGAGGCCAGAUAUAAUAUUUUAGAAGGCCGCUAUCCUUGUGAAAUGAGUCAUUAUCUGAUGUUAGGAGGAAUCCAGGCUCGAAUUGAACUCGGUCCUUACAAACCAGAAGAACAUACAACACAAUAUUUCAGGGAACACAAGGAUAAAUUUUUACCUGCUCAUGUUCGAAGAACCUCAUGGUCAUGGCUUCCUAUUAGUGGUAAAAACUCUCCUGAAGUACGAUUACUUGAGCAUUACAAGAGGAUACCUAAUAAUAUGUCAGACAGACGUCUUAUAAGAAAAUAUCUAGAGUUCUGUUGGUCGUUGCCUUACUAUGGGAGUGCAUUUUUCCAAGGGCAAAUUGAGCAACCAGUCAGAGGGCUAACAUCUCUAAUUACUCAUCAAGAUAUACCAGUUCUUGUUGCAAUCAACUCUCAGGGGGUUUAUGUUAUUGAUGACAUCCAGUGUGUUGUUCUUCUUGGCUUGAAAUUUGAAGAGCUUUCUUGGGAAUUUGCCAAACCUUCACCAUCCCAAGAAAAUAAUAACAACUGUUUACCAUGCCUAUUCUUACAAUUUAUGGUGGUUGAAAAUGGGGCUCGUGUGUCAAAAAUUUUGCAAGUAUUUUCCAAACAGGCUGUAAUGAUGGAUGCCUUAAUUUCGGUAUUUGUGGAUGAAAAGCGAAAGUCUACAGCUGCUACUUAUCAUGAUGAAACUGAUCGACCUGUGUAUGAUACAGCUACGGACAGUGACGAUACUCAAAUACCUCUUACAAUGAUGAGCAGACGCGAGCUACCUCAGUCUUGCAUCAGCAACAAAUUAAGUAGGCUAACUUUAGCUACAUUUGACGAGGAGGGACGAUGCAUCGGUCAAUCAGGGUCGUGGUCUUUUAGCUACUGAAUCUAGCAAUGGAAGUGUGCUUUGCUUACCCCAGACUUACAUCAUUGGAUUUGCAAGCAGAACCACACUGGUGAAAUUUUCAUCUUUGCUAUGUAGCUCUCCUUUUCCCACCUGUUUUAGUUUUUCCAAUUCACUGAAAGAUGAACUUGUAUGUAAUUAAGAUAGAAAAUGUGCUGCUGGUCAGUUGAGAUAUCUUGUUUGCAGUUUGUAAUUUUAUUUUAACCUCUCAUCACAACAUGGAGAGUUGAAUUUCUGAAAACAAAUAUCCUGAAGUUCCCAUCAUGUUGCGGCCUUGACCAAUUAGCUUUUUGUUUAAUACUUAAUGCUUCAUCUUUUGCUAAUAACACAUUGUGUUAUGUUACAUUGAUCUUUAUUGAAAUUUUU